AUGGCAGAGAAGAAGAAAAAUAAUGUUACAUCUUCCACCAGCGCCGAAGGGGCUUCGAUAAUAGGCCACAUCCAUUUAUUAGGCAAAAAUCCCCACCAAGAUUUCCGCCGCCUUGCUCAACAACACGGCGAGAUCAUGCACAUGCGCCUCGGCUCUCUCCCGAUCGUCGUCGUGUCGUCCCCGGCCGCUGCCAAGCUAGUGCUAAAGACGCACGACGCCGUUUUGUCCGACAGGCCUCACUACCUCUCGACCACGCGCCUCACGUACGGCCACAGGGACGUGAUAUGUGCUCCCUGCGGCCCGUACUGGCGCAACAUGCGGAAGCUAUGCACGCUGGAGCUGCUGAGCGGGCCCAAGGUCGAGGAGUUUCAGCCGAUGAGGCGGGCCGAGCUGGGGAUGGCGGUGGAGGGGAUCCGCCGGGCGGCCGAGGGGAGGGAGGUUGUGGAUGUUAGUGCUAGAGUGGGGGAGCUUGUUGGGGAUAUGAAUUGUUUGAUGGUUUUGGGAGGAAGUUUGUGGAUAGGGAUUUGGACAAGGAGUUGGGGUUUAAGGAUGUUAUCGAUGAGACCACACGUGUGGUGCGCAGCCUAA